GGGAAGGGCAAACGCGGAGUGGGCGGGGCCAGAGCGGCUCGAGGGGACGCGGCGGACGUGGGCCGCUGGCCUUGGCGGGACGGCCUGGGCGCCUCAGUCUCCAUCGCGCUGUGCCGGCGGCGGUGGUGGGUGGCCGAAGGAUGUGACUGGAGGGCUGCCGGCGGCCAGCGGACGAUGCUCGCGCUCCUGGGCGCGACGACCCUGAUGCUGGUCGCUGGGCGGUGGGUGCUGCCAGCCGCUUCAGGGGAAGCAAAUCUGAAGCCUGAAAAUGUCGAGAUCCACAUCAUUGAUGACAAUUUUUUCCUGAAGUGGAACAGCAGCAGUGAGUCUGUCAGGAAUGUGACUUUUUCAGCAGAUUAUCAGAUACUAGGGACGGAUAACUGGAAAAAAUUGCCUGGGUGUCAAAAUACUGCUAGUACCAAAUGCAACUUUUCUUCAGUCGAGCUUAAAAAUGUUUUUGAAAAAAUUGAAUUGCGCAUAAGAGCAGAAGAAGGAAACAACACUUCUAUAUGGUAUGAGGUUGAACCAUUUGUACCAUUUCUAGAAGCUCAGAUUGGUCCCCCAGAUGUGCAUUUAGAAGCUGAAGAUAAGGCAAUAAUACUGAGCAUCUCUCCCCCUGGAACAGAAGAUAGUAUCAUGUGGGCUACAGAUCGUUUAAACUUUAGAUAUAGCGUCGUUAUCUGGAAAAACUCUUCAAGUCUAGAAGAAAGAACUGAAACUGUUUAUCCCGAAGAUAAAAUUUAUAAACUGUCACCAGAGAUUACUUAUUGUUUAAAAGUUAAAGCAGAACUGCCUUUACAAAGUAGAGUUGGUUACUAUAGUCCAGUGUAUUGUAUAAAUACCACAGAGAGACGUGAUGUGCCUUCACCAGAAAAUAUACAAAUAAGUGCUGACAACCAGGUCUGUGUUCUUAAGUGGGAUUACCCGUAUGAAAACACAACUUUUCGAGCUCAGUGGCUCCGUGCCUUUUUUAAAAAGAUUCCUGGGAAACAUUCAGACAAAUGGAAACAAAUACGGAACUGUGAAAAUGUCACAACUACCCGCUGUGUCUUUCCUCGAGAUGCUUUCCCAAAUGGAAUUUACUAUGUCCGUGUACAAGCAUCUAAUGGAAAUGGUACAUCAUUUUGGUCUGAAGAGAAGAAAUUUUAUAUUGAAAUGAAAACUGUCAUAUUUCCUCCAGUCAUCAGCUUGAAAUCCAUUACUGAUGAUUCACUGCAUGUCAGUGUCGGUGCUUCAGAAGAGUCUGAAAACAUGUCUGUGAAUCAGCUCUACCCACUAAUUUAUGAAGUAAUUUUUUGGGAAAACACUUCAAAUGCUGAGAGAAAAGUUCUAGAGAAAAGAACCGAAUUUACCUUUCUUGACUUGAAACCACUGACUGUGUAUUGUGUCAAAGCCAGAGCACUCAUUGAAAAUGACAGGCGGAAUAAAAGCAGCAGUUUUAGUGAUACUGUGUGUGAGAAAACAAAACCAGGAGACACUUCCAAAACCUGGCUUAAAGCUGGAAUUUGCACUGCAUUGUUUUCUCUUCCUGUGGUCAUUUAUGUUGUGAGACUCUUCUUGAGAGGUGUCAAUUAUGUAUUCUUUCCAUCAAGUAAACCUCCUUCCUCUGUUGAUGAGUAUUUCUCUGAUCAGCCACUAAAGAAUCUACUCCUUUCUACUUCUGAGGAACAAACGGAAAGAUGUUUUAUAAUUGAAAAUGCAAGCAUUAUUACUGAAAUAGAAGAGACUAAUGAAAUUGAUGAAGUUCACAAAAAGUACAAUUCCCAAACUAGUCAAGAUUCAGGAAACUAUUCAAAUGAAGAUGAAAACAGUGGAAGUAAAAUAAGUGAAGAGUUUCUGCAACAGGACAGUGUGUGACCAGGAACAAACCCUAAAACAUUAGGGAGUCUUGCAAGAGUCAGAGUGGGAGCCUGGGCUUUUUCCUCUUCUCAAUAACUGUCAAAAGAAGUUUGCCCAUGCAGAGGAAGAAAAACCGUCUUCAGAUCACAGGUCCUAAAAAUACAGGCAAGCCCUUCACUAUUUAAAAUGAGUUUCGAGAAGUUUUCUGGAUUCUUUGCCGUGUGUCAAGUCUUGAAAGACCUGUCAUUGGACCUGCCUUGGAUGAGAGGCGUUAAAUCAGGAAGAGGCCCUCUGGCUCCCUUGCGUUACCUUAAGCACCACUGUCCUGUCAGGGGUUUGGGGUGCUUGUGUUCCCGUCAGCUGGUAUGGUCACUGUGCAUCAUCGUUCCUUCUCCCUCGCAGCAUUACACUUCACUAUUUUUCAGGAGGUAUUUAGAAUAUUUGGUCUUGUUCAAAGAAGAACUUGAAUACCACCAUCACUUGAUUUUCUGAAAAAAUAGCUUACUCUGGAAAACAGCUGCAGAUGCCAGAAACAUGGUCCUUAUAGAUUUUCAGGGGAAUUCUGUUUAUACCAAUCACAUUUAUACCAGUUGCAAGAGAUGUGGGUUCAGUCCUUGGGUUGGGAAAAUCCUUUAGAGGAAGGCAUGGCAACCCACUCAAGUAUUCAUGCCUGGAAAAUACCAUAGAUGGAGGAGCCUGGUGGGCUACAGUCCACAAGGUCGCAGAGAGUCGGACACGACUGAAGCAACUGGGCGUGCAUGCAUGCAUACCAAUUACAUUAGCCUCUACAUCACAGUCACCCAUCCCUUCCACAGUUUAGGAUUAAAACCAUGUCAUCUUUUGCUAUAUGUAUGUUAAGCCUUCCUGUUUCAGAACAUUAGGACAGUAGCUUCUGAUUAGAAGGCAUAAUCCCUAAAAUUACAGAGAAAUGGGAAACAGUCUGAGUAGAGAAGUUACUGUUAUCUCAAGAUAUGGGAGUGUGUGACAUUAGUGACAGUGUAUAUAAAGUCUUGGGAUCAGAAAAUGCUACUGACAGAGUAGAGUGAGUCAGUGGGAAAGAAGCAGGUGGCUUUAGUGAAAAAGAAGAAUGUGUAUCGUCAACUUUUGAUUGCUAACAUCCUGAGGGGCGGCGUUUGCUUUCAUGGCUAUCUGUGUCAUUUCUUAAGAGCAGGCCAGUGUCUGUCCACUGUGGGGCAGUAUUCAGCUAUCACUUCCGCUAGCCUGCAUGCACUCAAGUUAUUUAUCAUCAAAGUGUGGGAGGAAAUGAACUAGGAAGGAAACCUAAUUUUUUAAAAUUAUGUACUACCUCUUAAAGGCAUCUAUAGCUUAUGUUUAAAUGAUUUUGCUAUUUGGGCUUGUUCGUGGAGCUCCUGCAGAGAAAGGAAGCGUAGGAAUUCUGGCUACCUCUGACGCCAAGUUCUCAGCUUCAGUCAUUGCAGCGGAACUGAGAGGGAAGAGAGAUGCCACCACCCAGCGCAUCAGGUCCGGCUGGGCUCGUUUGGAGUAGUCUGCGGGGUCUUCUGGGUGGAAGAAGAGGUUGAAAGCAGCUGGGAAGGCCUGUGACACCCGCCUGUCCUCUCCAGAGCACCUUGUGUUCACUUGGGCCUCCCUUCAGCCCCUCGGGGAGCACACGGGUCGGGGGCCCCCACCAGGGCCAUUCUCUGCUGCAGAAUUCUUCCAGGGACCCAAACGCACCUCUGAUCCUCUGACCAGAGGCGUUUGGUUUACAGCAGAUCAGGGUUGGCCCUUCGCUGGGAAAGGUCCCGUCCAUCCGUGGGAAAUUGUCACUGUCCAGAGGACCCCGCCCCCGAUGUCUUCUGCGCUGGGUCAGGGCUGCCAGCCUGCCCCGCACUCGGGCCUGGGAUUUUCCCCAGGAAAAAUGCUGCUUCGGACUAGGAACAGUGCCUUUGUGGGACGUGGCAGAGGGAAAACUAGGGCAUUAUAAGGCAGAGACGCUGCUGAAUUCGCUAGGUCCCUGAAUGUGGGAGUAUGCGUGUCUUUGGGAUUUAAGAUGCCCUGUGGUUUUCAAUGAACAAGCAUCUGAGUGGCCUCGAACAAAAACCCCUCCGUUUUGCUGCAUCUUGCAGACCUGAAAAUGCAGUUCCAUCCCAUUCUUCAUUGUAGUCCACAUGUAGCUUAAUCAGGAUGUGUUUGCUUGUAAAAUGGUAUUUUUUUCUGAAAAAAUAGUUUGCUCGCAAAUACUAUAUACUUGAGAGCAGCAAUAAACUUCCUCAGAUCUGUGAUACUGAUAGCUCUUGGAGAGGCUGAAUAUAAUCUAAGCAUUUAUGUAGAAGAUUUGUGUCGUUACAGCCAGAAAUCAUGUAUUCAUAUGUAAUAUAGAUUAAUACAUAGUGACAUGGAUCUGUAAACAUACAUGUACACACGCAUGAUACUGGCUACUGUGCCACUAGUACAUCCAUAAAGACUUAGCAUAGGUUCUAGUUAGAAAAGGGUAAAUGCUGCUCUAGAACUAUGAACUUCAAAAUCUUGACCAGAAAUUUGCAACAUAUGAAGUUAAUUCAAAAAUAUAAAUUUAAGGACUUCUUGGUGGUCCAGUGGGUAAGACUAAGCUCCCAAUGCAAGGGCCCCAGGUUUGAUCCCUGGUCAGGGAAACUAGAUCCUACAUGCCACAACUAAGACCCAGCACUUUCAAAUAAAUUUUUUUAAGUAUAUGUAUAGAGAGAGUUUGUAUAACAUCUUUUCCUCAAACCUACCUUCAAAGCAGCCUCAGAUUGCUCCUAAGAAUUUGGAAGUGUACAGAAACUUUUCCUACCUCCUCCCCAUCCCUGUAGCCCUUGUACUAUGUGGCACGUUUGUGUUCGUUUCAUCUGGUGUCUGCCCCUGCCCGGGGACCAGAAGCUCUGUGAGCCCAGGAAUAUACACUUAGCACUGUAUCCCCAGUACCUACCAGAGUGCAGUGCCUCGUGCGGAAAAAGUGCAUAGGAAAUAAUUGUCAAGUGACGGAAACCUAAAAUUUGAACCAAGCGGGUGUUUCUGUUUGUGUGUCUUAUUGAGGUAUAUAAGGACAUGGCUUUAUUUCCAGUGUUUCUAUGAAAGCGCAGCCAGUGUUGCCAGUAUUUGUAUCUUCUUUCGUGUGUACUUUGUCUUAAUGCCCACUGCCGUUCUUUUUUAAACAGUUUAACAGUUUCUGUAAUAAACACUGAGGCCAAAAG